AUGUGCCCGAAAGCAUAUUACGGUUAUGUACAGUCGAAGGCAGCCACUAGGGAAGCUACCGGAGGUAUCCAAGACACCGGUGGCAACCCAGCGCUCACUAGUUUAGAAAAGGCCUCCUCUAUACAACAACAUUAUGAAGAGUCGUACACUGUGGACCUGGGCAAUACCCUGCCGGCUCGCAGUAUCACGACGGAGUGCCCUAUGGAUAAACUCGUAAUCGAUCCACAGGAAGUGGAAAAAAUAUCGAAGCGUUAG